GGUCUUCUAUACAACAAAUAGUACGGAUCGAGUAUUGAUCUUCGCUUUUCCCCUAACUCAUUAAGAUCGCUGAUACUUGGCAACAUUAGCAACUGUUUUGUUUGAUUGUGCGGAUAUUUACGUCACAAUAGAAAUCUCUCUUGCUUGCAAACGGCUAAAAUGAACAGGGCGAUGAUUAUGUCUGCUGCAAAGAACUUACUAACCAGAUAUGGUUCAACCAAGAACAACAUUUAUCGGUGCAUGUCCACCGGUAAAUUAACUACUGUUGAUGUAAAUGAGAAAAGUGGCGUUGCUGUUUUAACAAUGAACCGCCUGCCGGUUAAUGGCUUGAAUCUGGAACUCUUACGAGACAUUCGAAAUGACAUCGAUGAAAUAGAGGGCAACAAAUGCCGCGGAUUAAUUUUGACCUCGGCUUCCAGUAGCGUAUUUUCUGCCGGUUUGGAUAUUAUGGAAAUGUACAAACCUAACCAAGAUAGACUUAAGGAGUUUUGGACCACAUUGCAAGAUACAUGGCUAGCCUUGUAUGGAUCUAGCGUUCCCACAGCAGCAGCAAUAAAUGGUCACUCUCCAGCAGGAGGCUGUCUUCUUGCCACUAGUUGUGAAUAUCGAGUUAUGUUGCCAAAAUUUACAAUAGGACUGAAUGAAACAAAACUCGGCAUUGUGGCGCCCAAAUGGUUUAUGGCCACCUUCUGUAACGUUUUGCCCCGUCGCGUGGCUGAAAUGGCUUUGACACAGGGCAAAAUGUUCAGCAGCGAAGAAGCCCUUAAAGUUGGAUUAGUCGACGAAUUGGCACAAUCAAAGGAAGAAGCUAUAGAAAAAUGCCAACAAUUUUUUGCAACUUUUGCAAAAACAAACCCUUUUGCUCGGGCCAUGACCAAACAACAAUUUAGGUCUAAGGAUUUACAACAGUUGGAAGAUGAAAAAGCCCAGGACCUCGAAGCAUUCUUAUUUUUUGUCAAUCAACCCAGUGUACAAAAAGGCCUGGGUAUUUAUUUGGACAGUCUGAAAGCUAAAACGAAGUAAUUAUUUACAUUUAUUAAGUACCUGUGUAAGAAAACAGUUUUUUUUUUAGAGUUUUUUUAUGCAUUUAUUUAAUAUGAAAGGCAUUUAAAAAAAAUAUAUGAUUCUUAAUUUUCGUUGUUUUGCAA